AUGGAGUUUGUGUCUGGAUACCGCGACGAGUUCCUUGAUUUCGCUGCUCUGCUCUUUGGCUGGUUCCGCAAGUUCGUGGCAGAGCGCGGGGCUGUCGGAGCCAGCCUUGAGGGCCGCUGGCGGCAGCUGGAGGCUCAGAUAAGAAGGCUGCCCCAGGACCCUGCCCUUUGGGUGCUCCAUGUCUUGCCCAACCGUAGUGUGGGCAUCAGCCUGGGGCAGGGGGCAGACCCAGGCCCUGGACCAGGCCUGGGAGCUGCCCGGCUCCUGGGAGAGGAGCCUCCACUCCACCUGCAAGACCUGAGCCCCUAUAUCAGCUUUGUCAGCCUAGAGGAUGGGCAGGAUGGGGAGGAGGAGGAAGAGGAAGAUGAAGAAGAGAAUGGAGAGGAGGGUGCAAGCACAGAGAAGGUAGAGCCGGAGAAGGACAGGGAGUCAGCCCCUGCCAGCAGGGAGUCCCCCCAGGAAGCAAGCCCUCCAGGGGAGCCAGAGGAAGCUGAGCAGGAGGGAGGAGGUGGUCACGAUGGCUGCCGAGAGGACAAGGCAGAGGAUGAAACAGGUCCUGAGAAGAGGAAGGGAUGGAGGAGUGAGGCUGCUCCUCUUCACGUUUCCUGCCUUUUAAUGGUGACAGAUGAACAUGGCAUCAUCUUGGGCAUUGAUCUGCUAAUGGAUGGAGUGCAGGGGAGUGCAGGCCAGGGCUCAGGGACCGAGAAUCUGGCUCCUCGGGCCUAUGCUCUCCUCUGCCACAGCAUGGCCUGCCCCAUGGGCUCUGGGGACCCCCGAAAGCCCCGACAGCUUACUGUGGGAGACACCCAGCUGCAUCGAGAGCUGAAGAGCCUGGUCCCAAGGCUGGGCGUGAAGUUAGCCAAGACCCCAAUGCGGACGUGGGGUCCCCGGCCAGGCUUCACCUUUGCCUCCCUUCGGGCUCGAAUCUGCCAUGUUUGUCACAGGCACAGCUUUGAAGUGAAGCUAACACCGUGCCCCCAGUGCAGUGCUGUCCUGUAUUGUGGAGAGGCUUGUCUCAAGGCUGACUGGAGGCGAUGUCCAGAUGAUGUGAGCCACCGAUUUUGGUGUCCAAAGCUUGCGGCCUUCAUGGAGCGGGCGGGGGAACUAGCAACUCUGCCUUUUACCUACACUGCAGAGGUGACCAGUGAAACCUUUAACAAGGAGGCCUUCUUGGCCUCUCGGGGCCUCACUCGUGGCUACUGGACCCAGCUCAGCAUGCUGAUUACAGGCCCUGGCACCCCCAGGCACCCCUGGGGCAGCACAUCAGCCCUCAGUCUUCUCAGUGGAGAUCCCUACCACCUUCUCCAAGGGGAUGGGCCUGCCCUGAUGCCUCCUGUGCCCCCAGAUCCACCCAGGGGCCUCUUUGGCUCGUGGCAGGACUACUACACAUGGCGGGGCCUCAGCUUGGACUCCCCCAUGGCUGUGCUUCUCACCUACCCGCUGACAGUGUACUACGUCAUCACUCACCUGGUGCCCCAGUCCUUCCCUGAGCUCAACAUCCAGAACAAACAGUCACUGAAGAUCCACGUGGUAGAGGCUGGGAAGGAGUUUGACUUGGUAAUGGUGUUUUGGGAGCUCUUGGUCCUGCUCCCCCAUGUGGCCCUGGAGCUGCAGUUUGUGGGCGACGGCCUGCCCCCUGAGAGUGACCAACAGCAUUUUACCCUGCAGAGGGAUGGCCCCGAGGUGUCUGUCCGUCCUGGUUCUGGGGUAUCAGCACGACUCAGCUCUGCAACCAAGGAGAAAGGGGGCCGCAGGGACCUACAGAUCAAAGUGUCGGCAAGGCCCUACCACCUACUCCAGGGGCCCAAGCCAGACCUGGUUAUUGCCAGCUUCUCCCUGGUCUCUGCAGGAUUUAACUCUGGCUUUGGUCUCAAGGACACUUGGCUGAGCUCUCUGCCUCGGUUACAGUCCCUCCGAGUGCCAGCCUUCUUCACCGAGAGCAGCGAGUAUGGCUGUGUGAUGGACGACCAGACCAUGGCGGUGGCCACAGGAGGGGGCACCAGCCCUCCACGGCCCAACCCCUUCCGCUCCCCCUUUCGCCUCAGAGCGGCCGACAACUGCAUGCCCUGGUACUGCAACGCCUUCAUCUUCCAUCUGGUCUACAAGCCCCCGCAAGGGGCUGCGGCCCGCCAGGCGUCCGGCCCCGCGCCCCCUGCCCCGGCUCCUGCCGCUUCUCCCGCCCCCACCCGAAGGCGCCGGGGAGAAAAGAAAUCGGGGCGCGGGGCCCGCCGGCGGAGAUGA